CAGUGAUAGUUGUUGUAUCGUUCGUGCUGAGUUAGCGCAUCAAAUCAAUUUGAGAUAUUCUCUGUCUAGUUUGUUUCCCAAAAGUGAUCAACAAUGUCUGGUAUAGAAGACACGAUGUUCCAGUUGAAAUUUACGUCAAAGCAGUUAGCAAGGCUAGCUAAGAAAGCAGAAAAGGAUCAAAAGUCAGAAACCGCUAAAGUGAAAAAGGCACUACAACAAAGGGAUGUUGAGAGAGCCAAGAUAUAUGCCGAAAAUGCUAUUCGAAAAAAGAAUGAAGGUUUAAACUAUUUACGGUUAUCUGCAAGAGUGGAUGGUGUUGCUUCUAAAGUCCAGACUGCAAUGACAAUGAAAAUGGUUACAAAGAAUAUGGGACAAGUAGUGAAAGGAUUGGAUAAAGCAAUGGCAUCAAUGGAUCUUCAAAAGGUUUCUGCAACAAUGGAGAAAUUUGAAAAACAGUUCGAAGAUUUGGAUGUACACACAAGCGUACUGGAAGACUCCAUGAGCACAGCUACUACACUAAGCACACCCACGGAUCAAGUGGAUAUAUUAAUUAAACAAGUUGCAGAAGAGAAUGGACUGGAGGUGAUGACACAGUUGAAUGAUGUUCAGGUUCCAUCAGGAGGUUUGUCAGCAUCAACUAACCGGUCAUUAAAUGAAGAGGAAACACUUUCUAGAAGGUUACAGGCACUGAGAAACUAAAACCGUUUAGUCACGUCACUCAACACUCUACCAGGAAUUUACAUGUACCGUACCUUUUAUUGGAUACAACGCCGAAUCACGAUGUUAAUUUCUUCUGAUUUAUUUGACUUAGUGAUGUGGCAUUGUGGGCUCUGACAUGUAUACCAUUCUCAUGUGUUGUCUUCUAUAUGUGUUUUGGUUUUUAUGUUCGCAGAGAGAAUCUGUGUAAACUGUUUUAUUCUUAUAUUGCUCUCCAAUUGACGACCAAUGUAUUUAUCACACUAUUUGUGUUUUCCACCUGAAAAGGGCAAAAGUCUCAGUUUCUUUUACUGUUUUAUUUUACAUGAACAAAAAAGAAUGCAUAUAUAUGAGUUGGAUCCUAUGACCAGGAUUACACUAAUCAGGCAUAGUUUCUAAAAUGUGCCAGUAUUUCAUCUGGGUAUCAUACCUGUCAAUUUCUUCCAAACCAGGGCUUUAGAUUUUUUUCAUGAAUUCCAAAAAGUGCAUGAACAAAAUUACUAGUUGGUGUGCUGCCAUCAAGUUAUAUGCAAAGUAGCUACUUAGGUUGUUAUAGUGCCAAAUAUCCAUCACACAUCAUCAUUAAGUUAUCACUCAUAACAAGCUUUUGUUUUACUUCCCAGGGUCCAUUUGCAUCACUUUCCAAUUGUUUUACACUAAUUUUACCCAUGGAUGUUGUUGACUGAUAGUUGAAAUACAGCAAGUUAAUGGACUGAUGUUUACUAGAACUGAGACCCCAAACAAAACUACCAAUAACAUCAGGGUUGCUGUAUUUUAACAAAGUAUUACUGUACUACGGUACUGAGUUUUAUGUUGUUUUUUUUGCAGUCCCAUCACAGGUUGUGUGUUGUCAGUGUACAUGUGUUACCUAACUUUUUUUGUAACAAAGGAUAAUGGCCGGGCCAAUGACCAGUAAAAAAUUGCAACUGAUUCAUGUACAUAUCAUAGUGAACUACAUGUUGCUUAAAACCACAAACAACCUGCUCAGCUCAUUCCGUAGUGUUGAUAUGAAAAUAGUUCAAAUCCAGACUGCUUAAAAAUGUAUCAUUUUUAAAUAGUGAAGGAAAUGUUGUGUGUGCGAGGGCAAUCUAGUUCUGAAAAACGGUUCCUCUCCUAGUAAAUACACUCGCAAACCAAUUAUAACAAUAUGUAGGUAGGAAGUCACUUAUUUACUGGCUGUCUAUCAGUCAAUUAUAUCUGUAACUGUACCACUGAGAAAUUUUGAAUAUAUUUAGAGAUCGGUAGUAGAGUUCUUUUUAUAUGCACAAGCCAAAUAUCUAGGGAUAGUCUGGGCCAUUUCCACCAAUCGCAGUAUGCCCAUGCUAGAAUCAACGUAUAGAUUUCAGGAAUUUAGGAAUCAGAACUUCGUCAUUUGGAAUAAAUUUUGGAAGGAAUGGAACUUUGUUUUGUUUGAAUUGGAGCUAAAGUUGCAUCAAUUAGACGUAUAUUUCACUAUCAGAACUCCCACUGAUACUAUAAACACCAGCACCAUUAGUGAGACUGAUAGCAAAGUUAACUUGUGAUCGACUAAAGACUCCUGGGAUACACAUGACUGUGAUUGCAGCCAUGUUUGACGUCAUACAGCUUGUACCUCAAAACACUGUGUACAUGUAGAUCACUUGACAUCUAUAACCUUGUACAUAUGUCAGAUAGCCUUAUGACUAUGGAUAAUUUGUUGUUUUGUAGUUAUUCCAAUAGCAUGAUAUAUCUGUUUUGGACAGUCGUCGACACUGAAAUAGUAUAUUUGUAGGUCAAUAGGUCAAAUCUUUAUACAGUUCAAAGACAACCAUAUGGCCAAUUCCCCAAUCUGUUUUGAC